AGAUAACUGUUCAAUCAGCAAUUAAUGUAUACUUCAUUUAUUGUUUGCGCACAAAUAAAAUCACAGACGAAAAUAAUUUUAUUCAAUGUGUUAAUUGUAUAAGUGUAUUCAAUAUGUCUUGGAGUAGUUCAUUUUGGGUGUUACUGUUUUGCUGUAAUGUUAUGCGAGUGAGUCCGCAAUGUCAGAUAGCACAAGCAUGCAUAACUGAUUUUAGUGCUAGCAACUGCAGUGCUGGCCAACAAUGGGUACCAAAUUCUAUCGCGAAAGGGUGUUGCCCCUCGUGCGUUCCAAGCGGUGGUGCUACCCCCCCAACGGAAGGUUGCGAUCCAAACUAUUCCACUUGCUUGCCUGAUGGACGAUAUGCGCCGGUACAAUGCAAGGGCGAUCGAUUUACUGGCAGAUGUUUCUGCUCGGACCCAAACGGAAGAAGAAUAUUCGGACAAAUGUGGAGGGACCAAGCGCAGCAUAUGACGUGUGCAUGUAGUCGUAGAAGAGCUGAACUGGAAGCAGAAGGCAAGGUCGUGACGCUUCAUUGUUCAGCAAAUGGUGAUUACGAACAACUGCAAUGCGAUAGUGGGAUGUGCUGGUGUGUACAUGCGAGGACUGGACAGCCAAACGUCACACCUGUUCACGAGGAAGAUAUGGAAUUCCUUCCAUGCUAUAGUGCAUCAGUUAUUGGAGAGCGAUAUCUAAGAAAAUGCGAAAGUUUGUCUAUUGCCAAUGGAUUUAUCCGGUACGAGCAGUCGACCCACGGAACUAAUUUCCUUGGUAGUCCUGCUUCAACGUGUGAUUACGACGGAAGUUACGGACCGAUUCAAAUUUUGAAUGGCAUAGCUUACUGCACCGGUCGAGACGGAAAAAUAUUAGGAGCCUGGCAGACAACAGUAGCUACUAUGCAGGGAAUGAAUUGCAAUUGUGCAAGAGACACCAUGAUAUACUUCCCGGAGCGAGGAAUGACAGUGACUGAAACUUGCGAGGCGAACGGGAACUACCAACCGCUGCAGAGUGUGGGAUCAGUGUACUACUGCGUCGAUACAGACGGUUAUCACACAGAACUGUUUGAAGGAACACCACCUGAUUGUAGAAAGUAUGCUGCAACGUAGACCUUUUUGUCACAAUAUUUUUAAUACCUAUAGUGGAACAUAAAAA